UCGAGUGCCAAUUUUGGCCGUUUCAUGCUGCCAGAACUCUUGCCCGAGCUGAAUCGCGUGCUGUACAUUGACAUCGACACGGUUGUCCAGGGAGACUUGGUGGCCUUGCUCGCCCACAUGGACUUGGGAGAUGACGAUUAUUUGGCGGCUGUGCCGCGACCCAACGUGCCCCUAAGCCACUUUUUUGGGGCUGAUAUUGUACGACUGCAUGCCGAGUUACAUCCCGACCCCGGUCAGCUCCUCCAGCUGGCGGCACCCUCCUUCAAUGCUGGAGUGGCCGUCUGGAACCUACGUGCUUGGCGGCAACGGAGCCUGCGUGACGAGGUUCUGUACUACAUGACCAAGCAUCACGAACAUGCCCUGUGGGACUACGGGACGCAGCCCAUCCUUUUGCUGGUGUGUGCGGGGCACUGGCAGCCUUUGGACGUACGUUUCAAUCUCGAUGGCUUGGGAUACCGAACGGACGUGUCAACUGAGGCUUUGGAUGGUGCGUACGUGCUACAUUGGAGCGGGCGACGCAAGCCAUGGCAACAUGACGCGUUGUAUCGGCAGCGGUGGACGCGCUUUGUCAAU